AAUCUACAGGUCGAGAUAAAUCUAACACGAUCAAACAUGAUUAUAUAAAAUUAAUGGCUUCAUUCUUAAAUCAAUACUAUAGCAAAUAAAAAAAAGCUCAUGAAGUAAGAGAUUAUCUAUUGGGAAACACUUUCAUAAGAUCUACUCUAAUUCCAUCAACCUUUUCAAGAAAAAAAAAAAAAAAAGCAACCAAAAUUUGAACUAAAAAACAUAAGACACAAUCAUAGAGAAAAUGGGAAGAGAAACAUUGAACUAAGUUUCAUCACUUUCACUCAAUCCACUCGAAAACACAACACAAACAACAAUGGAGGUAAUUCCACGCUUGUCAAAUCGUCUCUUUUUCAAAUCUCUCAUAAAUCCAAUUCUCCAUUUCCAUCAUUCUCCAAUACCCGCUUCAAAUUUCCUACCCAUUAACCCAAACCCAAUUAAAAUUACCCAUUUUCUCCACACCACAAGAACCCUAAAUUCAUCUCCAUCCUCCUCCAGAUUAACUUCUCGGGCAGGUUGGUUAUUGGGUCUUGGGGAAAAAAAGCAACAGAAAUUACCCGACUUGGUAAAAGCGGGUGACCCGGUUCUCCAUGAAGCUGCCCGAAUUGUUGACCCGAAAGAAAUCGGGUCAGAGAAAAUACAAAAGAUAAUUGAUGAUAUGAUUGAUGUUAUGAGGAAGGCUCCUGGAGUUGGCCUUGCUGCUCCUCAAAUUGGUAUCCCUUUAAAGAUUAUUGUGUUGGAAGAUACAAAAGAGUACAUCAGUUAUGCGCCAAAAGUGGAGAUCAAAGCACAAGAUAGACGCCCUUUUGAACUUUUGGUUAUUGUGAAUCCGGUACUGAAAAAAAAGGGCAACAAAGCUGCACUUUUCUUUGAAGGCUGCUUGAGUGUUGAUGGGUAUAGAGCAGUUGUGGAGCGAUCCCUUGAUGUCGAAGUCAGUGGACUGGACCGAUAUGGGCAGCAUAUAACUGUGGAUGCUUCAGGAUGGCAGGCGCGUAUUCUUCAGCACGAGUGUGACCACUUGGAGGGUACUCUUUAUGUUGACAAGAUGGAACCGAAGACAUUCAGAACUGUUGAAAAUUUAGAUUUGCCUCUUGCAGUCGGAUGUCCAGAGCUUGGUGUGCGCUAGUUUUUCAUCUUGAUGCCAGGCUCUUGUUCACUAAUACUAUUGAUUAGCGUUCUUAGCUGGAGAAUUUUUUCAUUUAUAUUAGUUUUGUAAGGGGGAAUCAGCAUUCUUUUUGGUUAUUUUUAUUGAUUGCAAAUGUCACAUUUUACAGUAUAUGUGGGAAUUACAGCAACGGGUUGUAUUUUUUGCAAGCAAUUGAUGCCCAAAGUCCUAUAUACGGAUAUUACAUCAACUCUCUUGGUCAAUAAGUAUGAAUGAUUAUCCUAGUUGUUUA